AUAUCCGUGUCAUUAUGUAUGAUCUUAUCGCACUCACUCAUCUUUCACUGAUUUCAUUGCCAACCUUUAUUAAUGGUCUGAAUUCUCAGGCAAAAUUGUAGGCGUGGUGACCGGAGAAAAGAAUGAUUCUGUCAAAUCCCGUCACAACAACUUGGGCAAAGACCCAUUCUCUUUGCUGUAGAUCCACCUUCGCCGGGCCGCCAUUUCCGAGCUCCACCAGAAGAAGCCAUCUUCCUCAAUCUUGCUCCGCCACUCGCACUAAAGACCAGACAGAUGUCUCACCCAAGCUCGAUUUCAAGAGGUACGUCAUGGAGAAGGCGACGUCGGUGAACAAGGCCUUGGAAGGCGCAAUCUUGCUGAAGGAGCCGCUCAAGAUCCACGAAUCCAUGAGGUACUCCCUCCUCGCCGGCGGCAAAAGAAUCCGACCCAUGCUCUGUCUCGCCGCAUGCGACCUCGUCGGCGGCGACGAGGAAGCCGCCAUGCCCGCGGCCUGCGCGGUGGAGAUGGUCCACACCAUGUCCCUGAUCCACGACGACCUUCCCUGUAUGGACAACGACGAUCUGCGGAGAGGGAAGCCCACGAACCACAAGAUAUACGGCGAGGACGUGGCGGUGCUCGCCGGCGAUGCUCUACUCGCCCUCGCCUUCGAACACAUAGCCACAGCCACCAAAGGGGUUUCUCCCGGGAGAAUUUUAAGGGCAAUCGGCGAAUUGGCCAAUUGUGUAGGGUCGGAAGGUCUUGUGGCCGGGCAGGUUGUUGAUUUAUGCUCACAGGGAGUUUCCGAUGUGGGAUUAGAGCAAUUAGAGUUCAUCCACCUGCACAAGACUGCAGCUUUGCUGGAAGGGUCAGUGGUGUUAGGGGCGAUUUUGGGCGGAGGAGGGGAUGAGGAGAUAGAGAAGCUGAGGAAAUUCGCGAGGAACAUCGGGCUGUUGUUCCAGGUGGUGGAUGAUGUUCUUGAUGUCACAAAAUCAUCGGAGGAGUUGGGGAAGACAGCUGGGAAGGAUUUGGUUGCAGACAAGGUGACAUAUCCCAAGCUGAUUGGGAUUGAGAAGUCUAAAGAGUUUGCUGCAAAGUUGAAUGAAGAGGCUCAGUCUCAGCUCACUGGGUUUGAUCAAGAAAAGGCAGCUCCUUUGAUUGCUCUUGCCAAUUACAUUGCUCACAGGGACAAUUGAUUCUGCUGUAAUUUGAUUAUAUGAUACUGAGAGAUGGAAAGAUGUCAUUGUUAAAUUGUUGUAUUAUAGCUGAUUGAUAUCAAUUAGCUUUUAUAGUUGAUGAAAACACUUUCUUGAAAAACAUUGAUAUAAGCAAAGAAAAGGAAUUGAAACAUUCAAAAAGUAACAAUAAACAAGUUUAUAGAGUUCAUUCUUCUGGAUUUAACUAUGCAAUAGUAAAAAUAAUGACAAUAACAAAUCGAGUCCUCUUUGAUUUUAUUCUCACCAUCUGCUGAAAGUGAGUCCUUUACAUUUUUUAUUUAAUUUAUCAAUCUGCAUUUCUUGUUACUUCUGUUUGACAAGUGAUUUGUGAUGUUAGAAGCCGGAGGGUCGUUGGUAUUGGCUGCCCUACUGGACUUUGUUGACUCUGGUCAAGACUUGAUUCUGGCUGCUGAUGCCAAUGCGUCUGGUUUGAUGUGGUGUUGAUUUUGAUGAGGUAUCUCUCAAAGAUUGAUCUAUUGACUACUACUUUAGUUAGUUUCUUUCACAUUUUUUUUUGUUAUGGACUUCAACUGUUAUGCUGGCUCAACUUAACUCUUCGUGUACUUCCAGAGUUCACAGAUCAGGAGUGCUGAAAGCUGGGACUUCAACUAAGUGCGUGAAGUUCUAUAUUUUCUUGCCAGUUCCAACAAUAUUUCCAUUUAUUUAUUCAGAAGAUCAAUUUUCUGGGAUUCUCUCAAAUUACCCAUUUCUUAGAGUACGAGUUUGGAUCCACAAAAGCAGCUGUACAUUGUCCAUCCCUUGAUUUUGGAUUCAGAUUUUACAUUUUUCUGUCACAUGCCAUCAAUCUGAAGCACCGCAAAAUUGAUGAAAAAGAAGAACGCGCGGUGUAUAGGAUCGUAAACUUAGUACCACGCUGCACCUUUUUUGGAAACCACACUGUUCAUUUGGUUUUUUUUACCACUAAUUUAUCUAGCAGAAGUUCUUGAUAAUGAAAAAAACAAUGAAUGGAAGUGCUUUUUUGGGCUAAAGUUGCUGAAGUUGAUGAGGGUUUGGUUGCAGACAAGGUGACAUAUCCCAAGCUGAUUGGGAUUGAGAAGUCUAAAGAAUUUGCUGCAAAGUUGAAUAAAGAAGCUCAGUCUUA